AUGACGACUCUGUGCAGCACCCCGGAAUCCCUCCCCUCCCCCCGGGCGGCCGACGCGGCCCCCCCAGGGUUCCAGGCGCCCUCCGACCCCUCGCCGCGCCCCUACGACGCGCCCGGCUUCCCCAGCGGCGCCCCGGCGCCCUCCUACUCGGCGCGCUCGGACGCCGACUACGAGGUGCCCUUCUUCACCGUGGCGCACUACCGCACGCCCACCGCGCCCACCACCUACGAGUACGCCGCCACGCACACGGGCUUCCCGGAGGGCGCGGGCGAGGCGCUCUACAACGGCGGCCUCGACACGGAGGCGAUGUCGCCCGUCGAGCUGGCCUUCGGCAGCAGCGCGGGGGAGGCGGGCCGCUGGUGGCCUCGCGACGGCCCCGAGGCGCCCGUCGAGCCCACGCCGCCGACGCAGCCAUUGCGGUCCCCCGUGGGCCCCGCCCCUCCCCAGGGCCGCUCGGAGCCAGAUUGCGCCCUGCCCGCCCACCCGCCGGGCGCCUUCAUCAGGCGCGUCUACGGCAGUCACGACCGCACGCCCGUGGGUUGCCUGCACGCCGCCGCGGGCACGGCGCCGCGGGGGCAAAAGCCGCCCACCCCGGGCGCGAAGCCAGCCCCGCCAGAGACCCCCCCGCGGCCCUCGCGGCCUGCGCGCUCCCACGACGAGACACCCGUCAGGGGCUCCGUGGACUUCCUGCUGGAUCAGCCGGCGCGCACCCCCAGCAGGAGCAGGAGCGGCUCCAGACGCCGCGCCUCGAGCCCCGGCCGGAGGACCACCCCCACCACGCCCACCUCGUCCUUCCCCCCCGAGAUGAGCCAGUCCACGCCCCUCAUCCCCAGGGACACGGGGCAGGGGGCGGGCGAUGGCGUCCCCGGCGCGGCCCAGGCGCAGGACGCCGCGUCGCGCCAGACGUCCCUCUCGGGCUCAGGAGGGCGCGGCGGCGGCGGCGGCGGGAGGGAGGAACCGGCGACCAGCUUGAGUGGGGCGCCCAUGGACGGCAGCGGCGUGUACGAGGACGCGGGCGUGAGCGACGCGGCCGACCGCCUCGAGUCCGCCCUUCACUCCAGCUCGUCCUCGGAGGUGAUGGUGACGCCGCGGACGCCCCGGACGCCGCGCACCUCCAGAAGCAAGUCCAGGUGA